GUGUUGCGCCACGUCGCCUGUGCGUCAGCGGCUAGCGCCGCCGCUGCCGCCGCCGCCGCUUGGCGGGUUGUCCGGGUAACCGCGGGAGUUGUCUCGGUCAGCGAGCCUCCGAGACCCGUGUGCGUCAUGCAGUUGAAGCACCUGAGGACCCUGCUGAGCCCUCAGGAUGGAGCUGCAAAGGUGACCUGCAUGGCCUGGUCCCAGAACAAUGCUAAAUUUGCUGUCUGCACGGUGGACCGCGUGGUACUGCUGUAUGAUGAACAUGGGGAGCGGAGAGACAAGUUCUCCACCAAGCCAGCCGACAUGAAGUACGGCAGGAAGAGCUACAUGGUAAAAGGCAUGGCUUUCUCUCCUGAUUCCACUAAAAUUGCCAUAGGACAGACUGACAACAUCAUCUAUGUCUACAAGAUUGGAGAAGAUUGGGGUGACAAGAAGGUGAUCUGCAACAAGUUCAUCCAGACGAGUGCCGUAACUUGUCUGCAGUGGCCUGCAGAGUACAUUAUUGUCUUUGGACUGGCUGAAGGCAAGGUUCGCUUAGCAAACACUAAAACUAACAAGUCGUCUACCAUCUACGGGACAGACUCUUACGUGGUGGCGCUGACAACCAAUUGCUCUGGGAAAGGGAUCCUCUCGGGCCACGCAGACGGCACCAUCGUCAGGUAUUUCUUCGACGAUGAAGGCUCUGGAGAGUCACAGGGGAAGCUGGUUAGCCAUCCAUGCCCACCCUAUGCCUUGGCCUGGGCAACCAACAGCAUUGUGGCUGCGGGCUGUGAUCGGAGGAUCGUGGCCUAUGGGAAGGAAGGCCACGUGCUGCAGACUUUCGACUAUAGCCGUGACCCUCAGGAACGGGAAUUCACCACAGCCGCAGCAAGUCCUGGAGGCCAGUCUGUCGUGCUGGGCAGUUAUGACAGACUCCGGGUGUUCAACUGGAGUCCUCGAAGAAGCAUCUGGGAAGAGGCCAAGCCCAAGGAGAUUGCCAACUUAUACACCGUCACUGCCUUGGCCUGGAAGCGGGACGGCUCACGACUCUGUGCGGGCACACUCUGUGGCGGGGUGGAGCAGUUUGACUGUUGCCUCCGGAGGAGUAUUUACAAGAACAAGUUCGAGCUGACGUAUGUGGGACCCAGCCAGGUGAUAGUGAAGAACCUGUCUUCAGGGACCAGGGUGGUGCUCAAGUCCCACUAUGGCUAUGAGGUAGAGGAGGUGAAGAUCCUGGGCAAGGAACGGUACUUGGUAGCUCACACGUCAGACACGCUGCUGCUCGGAGACUUGAACACUAACCGCCUCAGCGAGAUAGCCUGGCAGGGAUCUGGUGGCAAUGAAAAGUACUUCUUUGAAAAUGAGAAUGUGUGCAUGAUCUUCAAUGCCGGCGAGCUGACCCUGGUAGAGUAUGGGAGUAAUGACUCCUUGGGUUCGGUGCGCACUGAAUUCAUGAACCCUCACCUCAUCAGCGUCCGUAUCAAUGAGAGGUGCCAGCGAGGAAUGGAAGAUAACAAGAAAUUGGCUUAUCUUGUUGAUAUUAAGACUAUUGCUAUAGUGGAUCUGAUUGGCGGCUACAACAUUGGUACGAUCAGUCACGAGAGCCGUGUGGAUUGGCUGGAACUUAAUGAGACUGGACACAAGCUUCUCUUCAGGGACCGGAAACUUCGUCUGCAUCUGUAUGAUAUUGAAAGCUGCUCUAAGACAAUGAUCCUCAACUUCUGCUCCUACGUGCAGUGGGUUCCCGGGAGUGAUGUGCUGGUAGCUCAGAACCGCAACAGCCUGUGUGUAUGGUACAACAUUGAGGCACCUGAGAGAGUCACCAUGUCCUCCAUCAGGGGUGACGUUGUAGGUCUGGAGCGAGGCGGAGGGAAAACCGAAGUGAUGGUGACCGAAGGUGUGACCACAGUUGCCUACACCCUGGACGAGGGCCUUAUUGAGUUUGGAACAGCCAUCGAUGACGGCAACUACGCCCGGGCGACGGCCUUCUUGGAGACCCUGGAGAUGACCCCAGAAACAGAGGCAAUGUGGAAAACCUUGAGCAAACUGGCCCUGGAGGCAAAGCAGCUCCACACUGCCGAGAGGUGCUUUUCUGCUCUGGGUCACGUGGCGAAAGCUCGAUUCCUGCAUGAGACCAAUGAGAUCGCAGAUCAGGUGUCCAGGGAAUAUGGAGGAGAAGGAACCGACUUCUAUCAGGUCCGAGCGCGGCUAGCCAUGCUGGAAAAGAACUACAAACUGGCAGAGAUGAUCUUCUUGGAACAGAAUGCUGUUGAGGAGGCCAUGGACAUGUACCAGGAGCUGCAUCGUUGGGACGAGUGCAUCGCUGUGGCUGAGGCCAAGGGACACCCAGCCUUGGAGAAGCUGCGCAGGGAUUACUAUCAGUGGUUAAUGGACACACAGCAAGAGGAACGAGCAGGUGAGCUGCAGGAGAGUCAAGGGGAUGGGCUGGCAGCCAUCAGCCUCUACCUCAAAGCAGGGCUCCCUGCCAAAGCUGCGCGCCUGGUGCUGACCCGUGAGGAGCUUCUGGCCAACACGGAGCUGGUGGACCACAUCACCACGGCCCUCAUCAAGGGGGAGCUCUAUGAAAGGGCAGGUGAUCUCUUUGAGAAGAUCCGAAACCCACAGCGGGCCCUUGAGUGCUACUGUAAAGGCAAUGCGUUCAUGAAAGCGGUUGAGCUGGCUCGGCUGGCCUUCCCCGUGGAGGUUGUGAGGCUGGAGGAGGCCUGGGGGGACUACUUGGUGCAGCAGAAGCAGCUGGACGCGGCCAUCAACCACUACAUUGAAGCCAGGUGCUCCAUUAAAGCCAUCGAGGCUGCCCUGGGUGCCCGCCAGUGGAAGAAGGCAAUUUAUAUAUUAGACCUCCAGGAUCGGAACACUGCAUCUAAAUACUACCCUCGGGUGGCCCAGCACUAUGCAUCUCUGCAGGAGUAUGAGAUUGCUGAGGAGCUCUACACCAAAGGAGACCGGACCAAAGAUGCUAUAGACAUGUACACGCAGGCUGGCCGCUGGGAGCAAGCCCACAAGCUGGCAAUGAAGUGCAUGCGGCCAGAAGACGUGUCAGUGCUGUACAUCACGCAGGCCCAGGAGAUGGAGAAGCAGGGCAAGUACCGGGAGGCUGAAAGGCUGUAUGUGACGGUGGAGGAGCCCGAUCUUGCCAUCACCAUGUUCAAAAAGCACAAGCUGUAUGACGACAUGAUCCGCCUGGUAGGGAAGCACCACCCAGAUCUGCUCAGUGACACACACCUCCACCUGGGCAAGGAGCUGGAGGCCGAAGGCCGGCUGCAAGAGGCCGAGUAUCACUACCUUGAGGCCCAGGAAUGGAAGGCCACUGUGAACAUGUACCGGUCCAGUGGGCUGUGGGAGGAGGCCUAUCGGGUGGCCAAAGCCCACGGAGGAGCCAACGCCCACAAACACGUGGCCUAUCUGUGGGCGAAGAGCCUGGGAGGAGAGGCUGCCGUCAGACUGCUUAACAAGCUGGGGCUUCUGGAGGCCGCCAUUGACCAUGCUGCAGACAACUGCUCCUUUGAAUUUGCCUUUGAACUCUCUCGGCUAGCCCUUAAACACAAAACCCCGGAGAUUCAUCUCCGGUACGCCAUGUACCUGGAGGAUGAGGGCAAAUUUGAAGAGGCUGAAGCCGAGUUCAUCAGAGCUGGCAAACCCAAAGAGGCUGUCCUCAUGUUUGUCCACAACCAGGACUGGGAGGCAGCUCAGCGCGUGGCUGAGGCCCACGACCCUGACAGUGUUGCUGAGGUCCUUGUAGGUCAGGCUCGUGGGGCCCUAGAGGAGAAGGACUUCCAGAAGGCAGAAGGGUUGCUGCUUCGGGCCCAGAGACCAGGCCUGGCUCUCAAUUAUUAUAAGGAGGCUGGACUCUGGAGCGACGCUCUGCGCAUCUGCAAGGACUAUGUGCCUGGCCAGCUAGAGGCCCUUCAGGAAGAGUAUGAGCGGGAAGCCACCAAGAAGGGGGGAAGAGGUGUGGAGGGACUUGUGGAGCAGGCACGGCAGUGGGAACAGGCUGGCGAGUAUGGCCGUGCCGUGGACUGCUACCUCAAAGUUCGAGAGGCAGGCAGCAGCGGCCUGAUGGAGAAGUGCUGGAUGAAGGCGGCUGAGCUGUCCAUCAAGUUCCUGCCUCCGCAGCGCAGUCUGGAAGUAGUUCGGGCUGUAGGUCCCCAGCUCAUCGGAAUCGGAAAGCACAGCGCCGCUGCAGAACUCUAUCUGAACCUGGACCUUGUCAAAGAAGCAAUCGAUGCUUUCAUUGAGGGGGAAGAGUGGAACAAGGCCAAACGCGUGGCCAAAGAGUUAGACCCCCGGUAUGAAGACUAUGUGGACCAGCACUAUAAGGAAUUCCUUAAGAACCAGGGCAAAGUGGAUUCGCUGGUGGGCGUGGACGUGGUGGCCGCUUUGGACCUGUACGUGGAGCAGGGUCAGUGGGACAAGUGCAUUGAAACAGCUACCAAGCAGAACUACAAGAUCCUGCACAAGUACGUGGCUUUGUAUGCAACUCAUCUGAUCCGAGAAGGUGGCUAUACCCAGGCCCUGGCCCUCUAUGUGCAACACGGAGCCCCUGCUAACCCACAGAACUUCAACAUCUACAAAAGGAUCUUCACUGACAUGGUUAGCUCUCCUGGGACCAACAAUGCCGAGGCCUACCAUAGCUGGGCUGACCUCCGGGAUGUCCUCUUCAACCUGUGUGAGAACCUGGUGAAGUCCAGCGAAGCAAACUCCGCCGCUCAUGAGGAGUUUGAGGUGAUGCUGCUGAUUGCUCAUUACUACGCUACACGGUCUGCAGCCCAGAGCAUCAAGCAGCUGGAAACCGUAGCUGCCAGGCUUUCUGUUUCGCUCUUGCGCCACACCCAGCUGUUACCCGCAGACAAGGCCUUUUAUGAAGCAGGCACGGCUGCCAAGGAAGUUGGCUGGGAAAACAUGGCUUUCAUUUUCCUCAACCGAUUUUUGGAUCUGACUGACGCAAUCGAAGAAGGGACUCUGGACGCCCUUGACCACUCGGAUUUCCAGGACACAGACAUCCCCUUUGAGGUGCCACUCCCGGCCAAGCAACACGUGCCGGAGGCCCAGAGAGAAGAGGUUCGAGACUGGGUGCUCACAGUCUCAAUGGAUCAGCGGCUGGAACAGGUUCUGCCCCGGGAUGAGCGUGGUGUCUAUGAGGCUUCCCUAGUAGCAGCGAGCACUGGAGUUCGAGCACUGCCCUGCCUCAUUACAGGUUACCCCAUUCUGAGGAACAAAAUUGAAUUCAAGCGGCCAGGGAAGGCUGCUAACAAAGACAACUGGAACAAGUUUCUUAUGGCCAUCAAGACCUCCCACAGCCCAGUGUGCCAGGAUGUGCUCAAAUUCAUCAGCCAGUGGUGUGGCGGCCUCCCCAGCACCAGCUUUUCUUUUCAGUGACGGGUGCAGCAGGGAUUUAGCUCUGCCCCUCAUUAAAGUUCUGGUCAGGGCCCCUGGUGUAGUAGAAAACACCUGUGGAUUGCGCCUCAGAAGAGCACCUGCCCGAUAAAGAAAGAGCCGACCUGAAUCAGAGAGCAAUCAACGUAGCAAAAACUGGCCCCAGUCCCAAGAAUGCAUCCCACCCCGGGCCUCUUACCUGUCCUAAACCCAGGUUCUCUGGGAAGCCUGGGAAUCCUGAUGAUGGUGGAGUAGCCUCACGUUUUCCUGCCUUCUACACUCAGGAGGUUCAAGCUCUGUCAGUUCCUCCAGCUGCAGGAGAGGGUGGAUUCAGUAACUGGGCCUUCAAUGGCACACGGCUCCUUUCUACACAACCCUUCCAGUUCCACUUCCUUACCUGUUCCUGCAACCCUUCCUUCCUGCAGGGCCCGAUUCCCCGUAGGGUGAGUGCGGCGACACAGCAGUAACCAGACAGCGCAGCCUCGGCUGCAGACAUGAACAGAGAGGGGAUCCAGAGAGCCAAGGCUGUGUCCUAAAACCAAAAAGGAACAGAGGGCUAGGCUAGGCUUGGAGUGGGGCAGGAGAGCACACAGGGCCAAGGUGAGGACCGCCAAAGUUUGGGAACAAGAAUAAGCUCACAUAAAUCCUGGUGGGAUCAAAGGGGCAGUCGGUGUGUCCAGGCCCCUGGUCCAGAGGUAUGGAAGGAUCCAGCAGUCCUGGGUGGCAGUCAGCAAUAAGGCGGCGGCCGCCAUUGGCAAUCGUGAGCGACACGGCCAGGAGGAGGCCCAUGGAGCAGGCAGCAGACAAAAGCAGGUUCACUAGGGCCAGCCCCAGAAGGGCCCAGUGCUAGUGGGGUAGAAGACCCGGGUGAACAGCCCGCUCACGUUUGCCAGGGACGGAGGCACGAGUUUCUCUAUUUGAGGCAGAGCUGGGACACCUCCACCCCUCUCACCAGUCGUGGGCGAAGAAGGUUCCUGGAUGCCACGAGGGCCACAAGUCCCACGGAAACGCUCUGCGGAAGCAACGAGCCGACGGUUCACUGUCUCUCUGCGCCCAUUCCACCCGCCUGCCGGUCCAUCCGCCCGCCACGCUCACCAGCAGCCCCGAACCCACGGAGAUGACAUUGGCCGUGGUGUACUCCGGAGUGACGGCGCCACGGGGGUUGGCCACGUGCCGCAGGACAGUACCGUGCAGCACAGCUCCCACCAGAAGGUUCACGUGGCCCACCAGGAGCAGCGCGAGGCCCACGCGCAUCAGCCGCCUGGGCCCGCGGGCGGCGUCUGAGACGUAGGGGGAGGGGCAGGUGUUAGCCGUGCAGGGCGGGGCCCGGGCCAGCCCCGGCGCCUGGGGCCCGAGCAGCUACAGGUGAGUGGGGUCGUGCAACUUACCGAAGACGCAGAGGCGGCAGCACCUCAUCGCGGGCCGCUCUGCCCCCGCCACCACCCGGCCGCCCUACCUGGCCCGGCCGCCAACCUGGAGUCCAGCUUCCGCGCCGCCGCAAGGCAGCUCCACCUGAGCCCGCCCCGCCCGCCGAGGCCCCGCCCCCAGGGCCGCCCCACCUGAGCCCGCCCCGCCCGCCGAGGCCCCGCCCCGCCCCCAGCCGGGCGGCCGUGCCACCCAAUGAGCCGCCAAACACCAAGCACGCUUUUAGCAAAAAGUAGACUUUAUUACAGCAGCAACUGAGGCGAUUCGAAUGGCCCCCGGGGCCACCCCUGCAGCACCACCUUUCUGUCCCGCCCAUCCGCCCCAGCGGGAUUGUAGAAGUCAGCUCCCCCAGUGCCCGUGGGCCUCCUGUCCACACAGGCAGGGCAGGGGCCAGCAGGUCAGCCACUAGCCCCAGCUACAAGGUGGCUGCUGAGAAGGCCCAGGCCCACGUCUGUGCAAAACAAGUAAACAAAGUGCAGAGGGGAGGAGAGGGCGAGGGGCUGGAUGAUGCUCAACCAGGGCGCCCCUAAGCCCUCCUGAACAAUAAGGGGGAGAAGGGGCUUCACGGGGUAAUACUGACUGGGGAGAAGGGGCAGCCACACGCAGGGGUCUGCUCAAGAGAGCUCUAUGAGGAGACGGUGACCGCGGCUGGGUUGAGGGUGCUGUUCCUGGCAAAAUUGAACUUGUUGAGGGUCUCCUCGAGCAGAGAGGUCAGGCGGCUCUGAUCGGCCUGAGGAAGCAGCUCAGUGAGACGGGGCUGAGAGAGGGCAGGGAGGCCCAGGGCGCAGAGGGCAGGCUCCUCACUCACCUCACUAAUGAAGCCUAGCUGCACCAGCUCAGCCGCCAGGUCCGGGAUGUUCUCAUCUGACAGCAAGACGGGAGGGGUGGAUGAGCACGGCGGGAGGACCGGGAGCCCUCGGAGCCCUCCUCAGCCCACCAGUCACGCUCUGUGAACCCCUUCCUGUCUCCCUGACACGUCCCCUCAAAGGACAGGGCCUCCCUCCCGCCUCCAAAAGAAAGGGGGCCUCACUUGGCAUCAGGUCACAGCUCAGGUGCCGGUUCAGCUUGUCCUCCAGCUUCAGCAGAAGUGUUAGCUAGAGGACAGUUGGACAAUCAGAGGAGAAUAAGGCUCCUCUCCCCUGCGGCCCCGCAGCCCCCCGCAGCCCCCCCAGCCCCGACUUACAUGGUGUCUGACCCCCUCCUCCACUGACUCAAUGUUACACUGCAUCAGCACCACCUGGAACAGAGAGAGGCCGGCCACUAGAGAGCAGUCAGGAACAGCAAUUCCAGGAAGCCUUUGCAGCCCACACAAGAACAUGGUGGCCAUACAGGGCAGUGCCUUAGUUGAAUGUCUCUGCCCCCAUGGCCAAGACACAGUCUCCCCAGGGUCCCCACCUUGCGUGUCUCCACCUCAGCUGGCUCAGGAGUUGGAGUUUUGACAGACGGGGGCACGACAGGUGACGUCACCUCCUCCUGCUGUGGCUGCUGAGGCCGAGGUAGGCCAAAGGCUGUCAGAGGGUAGAUCCCAUUCCUGGGGGAGAUGAUGUGAGUCACAUAAACUCAAGGUCUCAGGCCCCUGCCCCUGCUUCCUCAUACAAGUCCACCAUCUCCUCUCACCUGACAUCUUCAAGGAAUUUGUCUAACUCCAGGGCCGGUGACUGAGAGUACCUGAAAGGAGGAAACGGCAUGAGCACUGUAUUCUACACAGCCUCAGAGGGAGAGUGAGCAAUCUAUCCCUUCGGACCCUCUCAGCUGGUUACUUACAAAGUCUGAACUGAGUCUCGUCCUGGCCCAGCAGGGAUUUCAGCUAGUACAGCACUGGUAUCCAUGUUUUUGGUGAUCUCCUCCAGAGCGUUCUCUGGGAUCAUGUCUGGUGGGUAUAAUGGGGUGGAACAUUAUACAAAGACAGAAUUGCUUACUCAAGGCUUAGAGGCACAGGAGCAGAAAAGAAUCCCUUUGGUAACAGAAUAAAGACGCCAUGCCAGGGAUAGAAGCCCCAGGUUGGAAGAAAAUCCCAGUAAUCUGUUUAGCAGGGAUGCAGUCCCAGUACCAAUUUCUAGUAGGGUCCGGGGAACUCACGUUGGUGUCCCACAAUACAGUGGGCGGCGAGCAGUUUGAGUGAGGGCACUUCAAACAGAGCUGGAUGGAAGAGAAGCUCUCUGGCUGUCGGUCUGCGGGCAGGCUCAGACUGCAGGCACUUUUGAAUAAACUCCUGUGAGGGAACAAGAAACUGGAACAGGCAUCUGACAAGCCUCUCACACUCUGUAACUUUCAGUAGACCUAGCAAGAGGUCUCGUACAUGCCUGGAAGUCAACACUGUUGGGGAAACAUUGACCUAUUUCCUGAAAGAGCUUUAAAUAUAUAUAUAUAUAUAUGGUAAUGAAAAACAAUGAUCAUUCACUAUCUUUCUGGUUUGUUUUUCAUUUUAGACUUUUAUUUUUCGGGGACAUGGUCUCAUUAAGUGGCUUAAGCUGGUCUGGAACUCACUAUAU